AUGGCUACUUUUGAUAUAAAUGCAAAGAAAGAUAUAUUGAAUGCUGGCAUGGCUGAGCACCAUGGAACCGUGUCAGGUUUACACCAUGGGACUUUUAAAAAGGGAGAAGAUGAACUUGGUAAUGUCUCGGCGGACAAAAGACCAUGUACAAACGCAGUUUUGCAAGAAGUUUCAGCAACCAAGAGAGCAAGAAUUGAUGCAAGUAAUGAUGGCGAUCGACAGGAACAAGGACAAGGUCGCAGUGUUAUUCUUGGUGUAGAAACUGGGAAGGUGGAAAAAAUUGAUGGGAAUAAACUAGAUCAAGCAGAGCAAAAAAUGGGUGAUACACCAAGGAACAGGGAGAUAAAAGACCUUCUUUUAGAAAUCCCCGCUGCAAUUGACCCUCCUCCGCAGAUACAACUCACCACUGGCAACUAUACGCUUGUGUUUUUUGAUAUUGAAACAACUUCUGGAAAAUCAAAUGCAGAAAUAUGUCAGCUGUCGGCAGUUCACAACAAUACAGAAUUCAAUGAAUAUGUGAUGCCGAGCCAACCCAUUCCUUACGUGGUUUCUGAAAAGACUCACCUUACCAUUAACAAUGGAUUUCUAUGCUACAGAGGCAACGCAGUCUCCACCAUAACUAUAGAAAAUUGUUUGAAACGUUUUUUAAUUUUUUUAGCAGACAUACCUAAUCCUGUUUUGGUGGGUCAUAAUAUACUUAGCUUUGACUGCAGAUAUUUGGUAACAUCAAUAAAGCGUUGCUCUCUUCUUGAAGAUUUUCUUUCAUGUGUACAUGGCUUUAUAGAUACGCUCCCUUUAUAUAAAUCAGUUUAUCCUGAAAAGAAAUCUCAUUCACAAGAAUUUUUAGUCAGGGAGUUCACUAGUUCAAACUACAAUGCUCAUAAUGCCAUUGAAGAUGUAAGAGCCUUACAGAAGUUAUUCAAUUGCUGCAACUUUCCCAUGAAAGAUAAACUGGAGCAUAGUUUUACUUUUAAUUGGAUUGUUGAGUACCGAACAUGCAGAGAGAAACAAAACGCCAACAAAACAACGCUCAGUGGACUUGUUAGGGAUAAAGUUUUGAGCGAACGUAUGGCUAAGAAAAUAGCUGAUUCUGGUCUUACGUAUCAUCACCUACAAUUGGCAUGUGCACAAGGUGAGUUAGAUGAUUUAAAAUUUAUAUUUGAAGACAAAUCCUCUGGUAAAGUAAGAGUUACUAAGCAGAAAAGAAUAAUGGAAACAGUAUAUAAACAUUUUAAUAUGUAG